AUGUUGUAUUCCACAGUGGGUCAUGUGACCUCUCAGAUCGACCAAUCAGCUAUCGACUACCUGGCUCGGUUCCUGGACUUCCGGUUCCAGGUGAUUGACAACCUGCAUGACCAGGGCACCACGUGCCAGCUUCUCUUUAAUCUGACCAAUCGGGGCAACCUCGUGAUCCAGACCGGCCCCUGGAGCAUCUUCUUGAACAAGAUCCGGGGAAUACCCCCCAGUCAGCUGGGGGAGGGUCUCGCGGAGCAAGGUUGGAGGCUGGACAGGGUCCAAGGCUCCCUCUAUCGCCUGUCCCCCACCCGUAACUUCCUCCCCCUCCCGCGGGGACAGUCCCGCAUCAUACACUUCCUGGGUGAACAGUGGAUGUCCAGCCGGUCUGACGUCAUGCCCAACGUGUACGUCACCGCUAACGGACUGAUCCCUAGGGUACUCGCCAACACCCGAGACGAGAGCCUUCAGUUCGGCGGGACCUACGACACCCUGAAACAGUGGAAGCGAGACACGGACGAUCUGUACAACCCGCCCACCCCACAGGAAAGGUUCCAGAGAAACCUAGGGUCUGAAGGGGAGGCAGGAGGAACACGGGGGGAGGAAUGGAGGAGAAGGUUGAUUCCCCAACCUCUCUCAGCGGUGUUUGACACAUCACGUGAUCUGACCAUUGCAGACCAGUGGCCCAUAGCUGCUGACACGGAGGUCGUCUGGGAGGCUACUUUUCUAGCAGGUCAGCUACGUAUGAACCGCCCAACACAGACCGACCAGACAAACAAUGUCAUCAGGCUCAGGAUGGGACAGGUCGAUCUCCGCGACGUCACCGACAGACGACUCUUCAACAGCAGCGACGCCUAUCGCCUAACAGCGGACCCGACAACCAAUACUGUAGAAAUCACUGGCCAGGGACCAUCUGGUGUAUUCUAUGGCAUCCAUUCCCUGCUGAUGUUGUUGAAUGGUGGCCGUGUACUGCCACAAACGAGAAUAACGGAUGCUCCCCGAUUUGAAUACAGAGGCAUGCAUUUGGACGUUGCAAGGAACUUCCUCCAGAAACAGGAUGUGCUGAGACUUCUGGGAGCUAUGUCUGCGUAUAAGCUGAACAGGUUCCACUUUCAUCUGUCUGACGACCAGGGUUGGAGACUAGCGAUUCCAGGACUGCCAGAUCUCACCAGGUUUGGAUCAAGGAGAUGUCACGAUCUCAAUGAGAACCUUUGUCUCCUCCCAGAAAUUGGUUCAGGACCCAGCACAGGCACUUCCGGUUCCGGUUUCUACACUAUCGCUGAUUAUCGCGAGAUUUUACAGUUUGCGAGAGAACGCCAUAUCGAGGUGAUCCCCGAGUUUGACAUGCCAGGCCAUUCCAGAGCAGCCAUUAGGUCAAUGGAGGUGAGACGGAGGAGAUUGGCGAGACAGAGGAGGGUGGCUGAAGGAAGAGCCUUCCUGUUGGCAGACGACCGGAGCAGUCUCCCCGACCCGCGCGAGGAGAUGUUCCACAACAACGCCAUCAACCCCUGCAUCCCGUCAACCUACCGCUUCGUGGAUCACGUGAUCAAUGAGUUGGUCCAGAUGCACCAAGGCGUCAACCCACUACGGGUGUUCCACUUCGGAGGGGAUGAAGUGUGGGGAAGAACGUGGAACCACUCCAUCUCGUGUCAACGACUCCGACUGACGGACCCAGUAGCUAACGUGAGCCUGGCUCGCUACUUCGCCAACAGAGUGUCCCAGCUGGUCGCUGCCCGGAACUUGUCACUUGCAGGCUGGGAGGAUGGGCUGGUGCAUGAUGGGAUACUGCAUGACCGGAGAGAGCUGGCGACCCCGGAUGUAUAUGUCUACCCCUGGAACAAUCACUGGACGUGGGGACAUUACAAUAACUCAUAUAGACUCGCCAAUGCUGGAUUCAAGGUCAUCAUGAGCCAGGCCACCCAUCUGUACUUUGACCACCCGUACGAGGCUGACCCGGAAGAACGAGGUUUAAUCUGGGCCACUCGCUUCACAGACACCCGGAAAGUGUUCGACUUCUCUCCCCUGAAUCUGUACUCGAACAUCGACUGGGGCCGCUCGGGGGAGCCACUGUCGACAGCGGACGUGUGUGGAGAGGACGGCAGUCGAUGUGUUCAGCUGACGAGACCAGAAAAUAUCAUAGGGAUGCAGGGUCACCUGUGGACAGAGACUGUCCGGACAGCUGACCAGAUGGACUACAUGAUCUACCCCCGUCUGCUAGCUCUGGCAGAACGUGCCUGGCACGAGGCACCAUGGGAACGUCUACAGAGCGGACCACAACGCACUGUGCAGGAGGAAGAGGACUGGGAUUCUUUCAUCGCCGCGGUGGGAUACAGAGAAAUUCGCCGGAUGGACCAGGGUGGUAUUCAGUACAGAAUUCCUCCGCCCGGUGCUCGAAUGGAGGGGACCCGACUUCUAACCAACAACGUCUAUCCCGGUCUACCGGUCCAGUUCCGGUCACGUGACACUGACCCCUGGCAGGACGUCUCAGGUGACCUUGAGAUCAGAGACAACCAGACCCUGUUCCUCAGAUCAAGAUCCCACGAUAACCGACGGUUCAGCAGGAGUGUCCCCUUCACACCCAACCCGGCACCCAGUCUCCCUAUCGUGACCCUCAACACCAUCGAGAUGAUCGCGGAGUACCUGCAGAUAAACCUGACCGUCAUCGACAACACGGCGCAGCCUGACCACAGCCUCGUUGACAUGACCCUCACCAACACCAACGACUCCGACAUCGUGGCUGGCAACUGGGAGAUCUAUUUCUACAGCUUUGCACAGCUGUUCCCUCCCAAUCUCGUCCACAACCCUGAAGGUUAUGUCUUGCAGGAACACAGUCUGAGGUUUACCCACGUUAAAGGUGUUUUGUUCAAGUUCCAGCCUGUUCCUGGGUUUCCACCACUCCGCCCUAACGAGCCUCGAGUGGUCAGACUUGUCAUAGGCAUAUGGCUGUCGGCCAGGAACUAUGUGAUGCCCAACUGGUAUGUGACGUCAGAAGGGAUGUCUGCACGGGCGGUGAAUGCUACCAAGGGAGAGGGUUUGGACUUCCUGGGUCCUUUUACUAAUGAGAGACAAUGGAAGACAAGCAGAGACGACAGGUACAACCCUCUGAGUCUCGAGGACCGUUAUACCUUGAACCAGCUGACUGAGGACCUCGGAGGACCGGGGGGACAUAUUCUCCCAACACCACUAGAAACACAGAUAGACAACAGUUCCAGCAUCCUGCUGUCCCAGUGCUGCUGGGGUGUGGCUGCAGACAUCCCCUUCAUCCGGGAGGCGCGGUUCCUCGUAGCCGCCCUCAACAUGAGUUCAGUAACACUGUCCAGAAACCGUGCAAGGUCACGUGUCAUCGAGCUCAGACGCGGGAACCCGGAUGUCAGAGUGGACGACGUGGUCACCUCGUCACCGGAAGCAUACACCCUGACAGUGGAUCCUGGGAGGCAGGUGGUCACAAUAGUGUCACGCGACCCUGCAGGUGCGUUUUAUGGGGUGCAGAGUUUGCUGAGCUUGUGUCGAGACGGGAGUGGAAGGUACACAGGAGAAGUGCCCAGAGCUACAGUGAGGGACGCGCCCCGAUACGAGUACAGAGGAUUACUGAUGGAGGUAGCACGCAACUUCCGGUCAAAAGAGGAAGUGAUGAAAGUUAUGAAUGUGAUGGCGACUUACAAGAUGAACCGGUUCCUGUUCCACCUGGGUGACGACGAGGGGUGGCGCCUGGAGAUACCAGGGCUUCCAGACCUUACCAGGGGGAAGCGCUGCCACGACUUGUCAGAGACACACUGCCUCCUUCCACAGCUAGGAUCGGGGGAAGAUAACUCAACUUCCGGUUCCGGUUUCUAUACUGUUGAGGACUACAGAGAGAUAAUCAGAUAUGCUGCUGACAGGCAUAUAGAGGUGAUUGAGAUGUUCGACAUGCCUGGUCACUCUCGAGCCGCCAUCGUUGCCAUGCAGGCCCGACAAGCCCGUCUCCGUGACCUUGGUGACCCUACAGCAGACGACUUCCUGUUGACUGACGCAGACGACAACCUGGACUUCCUGACGGUGCAGAUGUUUGACGACAAUAUGGUGAACCCGUGUCUGGACUCGACCUACAGAUUCAUCCGCCACGUGAUGCAAGAGGUGCAGAGAAUGAGACGAGAUAUAGACCCUAUGCGGACGUAUCACUUUGUAGGAGGUGAAGUGAGAGACGUGUUUGUAAAUUCUUCCGCGUGUAGGGCACGACGACUGGACAGGAAUGGAGUGAGGGAGUACUUCGCGGAACAAGUGUCACGUAUUGCAUCUGAUCUGCGCAUCAACCUGUCAGGAUGGGUGGAUGGGCUGAUAGACACAGAGGAAACCCCGUUCCGUCGACUGUCCAACAUUCGUACCGCCAUGGUGUGGAACAACGACUGGAGUGUGGGAAGAGCGAACAGAGCCUACAGGAUGGCUAAUGAUGGAUACAAGGUAGUGCUAGGCCAUGCCACCCACCUGUACCUGGACCACCCCCAGGAGCCCGACCCCCGGGAACGCGGCUUGUUCUGGGCUACUCGCUACAUAGACGCCAGGAAGAUGUUCUGGUACAUGCCGGACGACAUCUACAGCAACGUGGACGUCACCUUCUUAGGGGAACCUCUCACACGGCAGGGCUACUGUGCCCGGGGACAAGACAUCUGUCUGCCGUUACAGCGACCACGUAACGUCAUAGGUAUUCAAGCCCAGAUGUUCAGCGAGAUGACGCGGACCGCGGGCCAGCAGGAAGGGCUUCUGUACCCGAGACUUCUGGCUGUGGCGGAGAGAGCGUGGCACCGGGCCAAGUGGGAGAACGUCAGUGACGUCACGGCUAGAAACACGUCACGUGUUCAGGAUUGGAGUCGUUUUGCUAACACUCUUGGGUACAAAGAGUUACCGUUCCUUGACAGGCUUGGCGUUGCGUAUCGACUUCCGCUACCAGGCGCUAGGGGUCAAGGCCGUAGGUGGAAGGUCAACACAGAGUACCCCAACGAGAACGUGGAGGUGAGCUACGACAACGGCGCCACCUGGGACAACGUCGUCUCUGACACAGUUACGGCUCCGGACGAGGGGGUCCCCCAUUUCAGAACAAGGUCCCCCGUACGACAGCGUUACAGCCGCGUGGUUCCCUCAUCCAGCGUCAACGUCGCUUCCUCCUCCUCCGUCGUCGGCUUCAUCACAGUAACCUCCCUUCUUGUCCAGCUCUAUAACCGCUGACGCCGACUUUAUUCUGUUUGAAAGUGUUAAAGAUUCUUGUAACGAGUCAUAAACAAACUGUUUGUUUUACGGGUGUAGCAACAUUGUCCGUCUCUAUAAUCAUGUAUGCUCUUUGAAACACGUAGGGGACCAUGGCAAGAAUGUAAUUACUGAAAAGUAAACAACGAAAUGUGUUAACGCGAAACACCCUACGAUGUAAAACCUCAUGUUUUUAUUGGCCAGUGUGUUCCAUGCCUGUGAUAAGCAGACGAAGGAUCAGGUACCAGUAAACCCUUGUUGACGUUAGACACUGUUCAGGACGUCGCAGGUCAACUACUGGAUCAUUUGAUUCGAACCCAGAAUCUACGAAAUCCAGCUGAAACGGUGAACUGUCUACAAACGUUCUUCAGGAUAAUGGCGUACUGGUAACGGGUCAGACAUGCAACACGGCCACGGGUUCUGUAGUUCCAUAUAAAUCGCCAUAUUACCAAGAGAACGUCAGUGGUGCACUAGGUCGAGUCAUAAUUCACAUUGCACUUGAUAGCUGUGGUGGUAAUUGACGAAGUCGAAAGGAACGUCAAGCCAACGUUAUCCUGACGCAACGUCAACCAAAUGACAGGUUUGACAAAUGGAGUCACUAUGCCUGACUCCAGUUGUUGCAAAUUAGGGUCACAGCGGAGUAUUGACGGGGUAACCUGUUUAAAUGCUUGUUGUCACGUGUCAAGAGGCGUGGCGACGUUUUGUCUUUGGGAUAACAUCAUUGGAAUUCACCUUGCCCAAAUAGCCAUUGCAAACCUUCCGCAGCGCAACGUCCAUAGCAUGUCAUCGUGACCUACGACCCCAUUGUCCUCAUUGACCUCGUCUGGUACACGAAGGGCGACCUGGGCGUCAACGUCCAUAGCAUGUCAUCGUGACCUACAGCCCCAUUGUCCUCAUUGACCUCGUCUGGUACACGAAGGGCGACAUGAACGUCAACGGCGAAGGCGUUGUCGGAACUUGGGACCGACACUCCAAUGCGUCUUACAGACCCCGACAAAUCGCCCUUGUUGAGACUCGUAGAGGGAAUGAAUAUAUUGGUAGAAUUCACGACUGAUCCUGAAAACGUCAACUUUCACAUCUAUCCCCAUUGUCCUUCAAGGUCGUUGGCGGUCACAACAUCGUCUGUCAUGCGUCAACUUCGCUGUGACUAAUUCGUUCAACAUUAUACAGCUAUAAAUGGAAAGUAACAUUUCUGACAAGUUUCACAAUUCAAUAUAUUUCCGAGUGUCCCCUACUUUUGAAAGAGUACAAAUGUAUAUAUGCAGUUCAACAUUGUGUAUAUAGACUGUAAGUGUCCUGUGUUUUCCUGCAGAAUGAAUGAGGCAAGGAUCGAUGUGUCACGUUCGACUCACACCUGUAAUCAACCCAGUUCGAUAUACCUUGCAGUGAAUAUCACCUGUAAUCAGCCCAGUUCGAUAUACCUUGCACCUGGCACAGUGACUAUCAUCUGCAAUCAACUCUGUCCUAUACUCCUGGCAAAGUGACUGACUCCCUCUUUGAACUCUAUCCUAUAUACCUGCAAAAGUGGUUAAAACACCUGUAAUCAACUCAAUCCUAUAUACCUGGCAAAGUGGCUGACACCUUCCAUGACCUCUAUCCUGUACACCUGGCUGAGUGGUUAACACACCUGUAAUCAACUCAAUCCUAUACUCCUUUCACAAUGGCUGACACCUGUAAUCAACUUUAUCCAAAUACCUGGAACUGAUGCUAUCGCCUUUGUGUAAAAUCUUUCCUAUACACCCGGCAGAGUUGUUAACACACCUGUAAUUAGGUCUAGCAGUAACAUUCUCUGUCAUAUACCUGGUUAUAAUGGUUAUCACAUCUGUGAUCAAGUCUAACAUUCACGCCUGGCGUUUGUUACCUCAACACACCUGUAAUCAGCUCUGAUACCUGUUACUCUGACAAAACAUCCUCGUGUCAAGACAUCAGAAUUAUAUCACUUGAACGACCCUGUUGGGGUAAAACAACGGUGUGCUGUUGAUAUGAUUUGAUAUGUUAAACGCCUAUCUGUAGAUGUACAUGCAGUAUAAUAAAAGAUGGGCAGACUGACGUAUCUUAUGGAUGCAGAAAACAUGACGUCAUUUCAGAAAGAGAUUAGUUUAGAGAAGAGCAAGAUCCUCACAAGUGUUGGAAACAUACCAUUUGUGAAUAUUUGUCCGUCGAUAAUCUGCAAUAUACUUAGGCCAAGUGACAUACCGUGUCUAACAAAUCCCAUAUUUUAACAUGUAAUAGCGCGGUGGGGUAGCCUAGUGGUUAAAGCGUUUGCUCGUCACGCUGAAGACGAUGGUUCGAUAACCCACACGGGCACGAUGUGUGUCCCCCGUCGUGAUAUUGCUGGAAUAUUGCUAAAAGCGCCUAAACCGAAAAAUCACUCACUCACUGAUGUUUUGUAUUUUAGUGUACAAGGGGCAGUUGGUUUCCAGUGUAAGUUUAUAAUAACUGGCAGAUCAUGUAUAUUUAUAGAGCUAAUUGUCGUUCUCACGAUCGUCUGUGUUCCAGUGAACGUGACUGAAAUGUUAUAUCUGGCCAGAAAGGUGCACUUGUUUGCAACAUUGUUAUCAGUAGGCAACAUGACGUCAGUGUGUUGUCAAUAGGCACGACCUUCGUGUUCUAUGUUUGUAUUAUGUCGUCCAUGCUGUGUAAACAUAAACCCCCGUCGUGUCAUGCAUGACGGCGAUAAUAAUAAUAUAUGAAAAUAAAAAUGUGAACUUCA